GCGAUGCGAGCGUGACAGAGAUCCGCGAGAAAACAAAACAUCACUUUCACAUUCAUUCCUCAUAUCCGUUAUCCUUUUCCCUAUUCCUGAUUUUGCUAACGAGAAGUUACACCCGAGCUUGUCCGAUCUUGUCCGAACGAUUUCCGAAUAUCGUGUCGUACUGUUAAAAUGGCCGCUUGGAGAGUACUUCAAGAACACUGGAAGAAUCUUGAAGUGUUAUGAGAGGCUUUUGCACACUGAAACAGAGGAUAAAAAUGUUCCGUCUGCAGAGGGUCGAGGGGAAUUGCUAUGAUCCAUCUCUACAACCAGAAAAAAUUUUGCUAAAACCGACUGUCACUCGUCUCGGACGCAGUGAUGAAUAUUCAGAUGUUGUUAUUGACAGUGUGAUAUCUCCUUUAAUGAUCAGUCGUGUUCACGCUGAAAUUCAUUUCAGCAAUGGAAAAUUCAGAAUUGAUUGUAAAGGACUGAACAGGCUGCUAGUCAACAAAACAAAGCGUAGCUCUGCUGUCCUAUGCGAUGGUGAUGUUGUUGUCUUUGGAGGUGCUGGCGUUAAAACGAAAGAAGGACAGAGUUUGUUAGCUUACGAUUCGGAGCUUGUGUAUGUUUUUAAUGAGGUCUGCCAGAAUGAUUCUGAAGAAGUGGGCUCCCUUGGGGAAGGAACAAGCGAUGGAAGCGUGCGAAGGCGAAGCAAACGGAAAAAGCCCGCAUCACUAAGUGAAGGAGUGAGAACUUUUGAAACCCUCAUCUUGAAUGAAAACAGACAGCUGUACAGGCCUCUUAAGUUACCAGGAUCUUCCAGAAACAGGUUCCCACUCAUUACACCUCCUUAACAUAACCAUUUUGUUGUAUGUGUUCCUAAAAUCAAGUUCUAGUCUGCUACA